CGAACAACUUGCUGUCAAAAUAUUGAAUACAAAAUAUAGCACCUUCAAUGUACGCCAAAACCGUGCCGACCGAGGAAAUUCUUUUUCUUAGUGGUUACUUCAGUUUCUGUUCGACGUACUCUGUUGUUCCGGCUGCUGAUCGAAGCGCAGCAUCGAAGGGGUCAAAUACGGACAGCGGAAGCGGUUCGCGAACGUACGAGACGGUGCUUUCCCGCAGAGCAACCGAAAGAUCAUGUUUACGGAGAAGAUUUUCGACAAUCUCGGCGUGGAUAUGAUAACCAGCAAUGAUUCGGAAGAAUCGAUGGAGAAGUUUACGGUCAGCAUCGGCAGCAGUAAAUACCAGUCGGUGAUAACAGACCUCGGGAAGGCUUUGCUGCAGGCGGCCCGUACUGGCAACACACCGAAAGUGCUCGAUUUGAUGGGCCGCGGUGCACCGUUCACUGCGGAUUGGCUCGGGACAACACCACUUCAUUUGGCGGCACGGUACAACCACAUAGAAACAUGCAGAGCACUACUCCGGGCCGGCAUAAGCAAGGAUUCAAAAACCAAGGUAGACAGAACGCCUCUACAUAUGGCCGCUUAUCAUGGUAACAUCGAGAUCGUAGAACUGUUGCUUAGCAACAAAUGUGAAGUCGAUGCAAAGGAUUUGUUAAAAAUGACCCCUCUCCAUUGGGCAGUGGAAAAACGGCACGAUAAGGUGGUGGAAAUGUUGCUGCAGCACGGUGCGGAUCCGAACGCGCUAUCAAAAUUUGAUAAGUCACCAAUACUCCUCGCCAAAACGACAAAACAGAUGGAACUGGUGCGGAUAUUGAAGCUAGCUAACGAAUUACGGGCCGCCAGCAAUGAGCAAGUGGGGGUAAAAGAGGCAACGGACAGCCUUAUGCACGAAUUGCAGCAACACAAGGAACGCCAUCUGGAUGGUGAGAACUCAAUAGGCAACGAAAAUGACGAAAUAGAGGAUAACAUUACGAUGGAACUGAGUAACGAUAGUAACACCAACCUGUCGGAUCACUCCGAUCACCAGCACCACGACCACCCGCUUGACGAUACGGACCAUCUCAUCGAGAAGGAGGACAGUCUGAACGAUGCCAUAACGAAUCUGGAACAGAGUACGGAGACGGAUCCGAAAAAUCUCGACUCGUCCACGCUACAGAUGUUAAAGGAGCACGGAAUCGCCUUUAUGCCGUCGGACGAAGGUGGUAGCGUGAUAACGUCCGCCAUCAAGAGCGGCCGAAAAAUUGUCCUCUCCGAGGCGGGCAAGUACGCACUGAAGGAAACGAGACAUCUUCACGCUCAACAGCAACAACAACCACAACAGCAGCACCAUUUACAAAAGCAGACAUUUCACCCAGCCACAUCCAUGCACGCCACCAACAUCACGCACACGAAAACGAAGACAAUCAAAAUCAUCAAAAAGCAGUCGGGCUCAUCUUCGCACUUGCACCAUUCACACCUUCACCAUCACGUGCAUCAGACGGGUGCCACACCGACGAUAAAGACGAACAAGGUGAUCAAAAUACUGUCGCCGGAAGAGUUUAAACAGAUAUGUGGCGGUGAGGUCGGUGGGAUCAAGCGAGUGUCCUCGUCCGAGUACAAGAAAGCGGUUGCAUCGAGUUCUGUGAGAGUUCCUAUGAGUAGUCGUUCCCAUGUGUUACCAUCAUCAGGUGGUAGUACCAUGGGCUCCAAGCCAGUCAGCAAAAUCGUUAUGACAAAACCCGGCCAACGGUUUCCGGUCAUGGGGAAUGCCACCAAGACCGUCGGUGACUUUGUACAGACAAAACUGGGCGUUAGCAGUGGGAGUAGUACCGUCGGCAUAGUGAACGGACUAUCGAACAGUGGCCACAAUCGGCACAUUAUCACCUCCGCCGACGGUGUGAAACGAAUCCGGACGGCAACCGGUAUGGAAAUCAUUUCCGCACUACCCACCAAACUGCCACAGGAUACGGUUGUGUCCGUUGAACCGCCUGCGGUGCCUCGGGUAGGUGCCGUGAUACAUCGUGUCGCAUCGUUAGGCAAUCCCAGCUCACUCUCAGCCAAGUCUAUACCCUCCGUCUCCAAGACUGCCAGUGGAACGGCAGCGAAUCUGGUGGUCGAGGUACUCGAACGACAGCAGCUGGAGUUGAAAAAGCUUAUUGAGGACCUACGGAAACAGUUCGAACUGUCCCAGAAACAGAACGAGGAGUAUCGGGCACGGGUGGAAAAGCUGGAGAAAGAGGUGCAAACGCUUAAGCAGCAGCAGCAGGGAUCGAGCGGUGCAGCGACAGGAGGGGGCAGCUUAGCCGAAAUACUGUAG